AAAUGGAUUAGAAUAAAACACUGAGAGAAGAAACAGUGUUCAUAAAUUCCAAAGUCAUGUGUUAAGAGUAAAAGAAACCAAAUACUAAGGGAUACAUUUUAUGUGACUAUUAAUUUACAAUUUUGUAAAAUGAAAAUUCAUACAAAACGAGAGCCAGUCUAAGCGCUUGGGAUGAAAGGUGGAUGGUGAUGGGCAUGCUGGCGAUGCUUGGAGAACCUCUGGUGAGUGACAAUGGUAGUCUUUAACUCUGUUGUAGCUGUAGUGUCAUGGUUAUGCUCCUGAAACACUGGUGUUGACCCCAUUACAUGGAUACAGUUUACUGUAUAAAAAUUACACUUGAAUACUGUACAUAACGGUGAACAAACUGUAGCAUUCAUGUGUGAGGAGCAGCUUGGGUGUUGCCCUUACAUGACUGAUAGACACAGACCUAUGAAGUGGAGAGCUGUGACCUCGUGUCAGGGGCCUGGUGUCUAGGAACCAGGCUGCCUUUAAGGGUCCCACAAGUAAGGAUCACAGUUGAUCCAUAAAAUUAGAAAAAUUUCAGAAAUUUCUAUAUUUUCUAUAUUUUGUUUGGAGAGGAUGUGUCUUGUUUAAAUCAGAAAUCCAUGGCUAAAAAUAUUUCGUCCUGAGCGGCCACAGUGUGCUUCCUGGCAAGAUGGACACAGCUGAGAUGGCUUCUCAAAACUUCCUGUGAAGCCUCCGCUACAGAUGUUUGCUUUGCAUUUAAAACUCUAUUUCUAAUUUCAGUUCUCAAGAGUCUUCCAGUAAAGAAGUGGUUGUACGGAAUGGUCAAAAGAAUAGUGGAGAGGUGAAACCAGUACAGAAUUUCACAAGGAUACCCAUUGCACAGGAUAUGAAUUAACCUUCUUAUCUGUUGGAAGACUUUGAAUCCAAGGACACAAAUUUGUCUCUAAAAUUUCUUUUAUUUGAUGAAUCAGACUUUUAACUACAAUCUGAGCAACAAACCCUGGAGUACGUUCAGCCAUCACAACCCUGUUCAGUUCUCCAGGGACGGGAUUCCCUGCAUACUCUUCUGGACUAAAAGAAUCACAGUUAAAUUUAAGAAUCAGACGUGGCUGGACCUCACAGACGAAGCACUUGGUCAGAAUACUACAGUGGACACUGGCAACUCUAACUGCAGCGAGGAAAGUGCCACGUUGUCUUUAAAGUUUGGUGAUGAUGAAGAUCCCAAGGAUAUUGACAUACGGUUCACCCUAACCAAUUACAACAAGCUGGCCAGCCAGAGUUGGUUUAGUUUACACCGCGUCGAGAUAAUCUUCAACAAUUCGGUGCAAGCAACUUUUAACGCAACCGGUAUAUAUGCUCUGUCAACUUACUCCUACCGCUGCCAACGGGUCAGCAGCCUGCGGCGGAAUGAUGCCCUACUGUUGCUUAGCAGCUCAGAUGAUGUGACAAGCCUGUGGGAGGUCACGUUUAUUGAUUUCCAGAUCCAAGGCUUCUCCAUCAAGGGGGCACAGUUUGCUCAGGCCCGAGACUGCAGCUCUUCCUUCUCACCGGCUAUUCUGAUCGGUCUGGCCAUGUCUCUGAUUCUGUUGCUGGUGCUGGCCUAUGCGUUGCAUAUGCUCAUCUACCUGCGCUAUCUGGACCGUCAUUAUGAGUUUAUCACCUCUCCUGACCACUUCCCGUCUCUGAGAGCGUUGGACACAGGAGAGGAGAAGGAACUUCUGGGCAGCCAGGGAGCCGAAUGCUAUGAGCUAAGGAACCAACAGAUCUGCAAAAUCUACAUUUAACAGCACGAGUUUCUGUCCCCUCACCGAGGCCAAGCCAUCUCCGAAAGACUCUGUUCUCUUUUGUGAUGUCUGACUUGUGAAUUGUUUGAUUAAAAAAAGAGAAAAGGAAAAA